AGGUAGGGUCGGUCUCAGGGGCACCGCGCCCGCUGAGGGGCUCCUCUUAAAGGGGCCGCGCUCCCCGGCCGCGGUCGCGCGGAGGGAAGGUGGUCAGUGUUGAGGGCUGGAAUGGUGAGAGCGUCCGGAGAGAGAGGACGGCCCCGAGACCCGAGGAUGCGGGGGCGGGGGACGCGUGGGCGGGAGGCAGGCUCCCUGGGAAUCAGGGGUGCGGGCCGAGUCCAGGCUCUCUGAGUGUCGGGGGGCCGCAGAGCUGACCACUAAUUCUCACGGCGGGGACUGGACAUUAGACGCACCGGAGAGGGGGGUUUUGCCAACACACGCCUGCAGCCCCUGCCGGUUAGAAUUCAUCCAAGCCCUCUGACCCCAUCUGACAAAUGGAGAAACUGAGGCUGCUCCCCCAGACCCCACUUGAUGUAAAGAGAGUUCUGGAGUUGGGGGGGUCCCGGAUCCUGGGUCCUAGUUCCCGCCUCAUAUGUGACCUGUGGCGACUCCCUGCCCCUCUGGCGGCCUCGGUUUCCCCAUCUGUACAAUAAUGAAGUAGGCCAGAGCUGGACAGUUCCAGGCAAAGCGCGGGAUCAGGAAUCGCUGGUUCCAGGAGCCUCCAUCGCUGCCCCUUCUCCUAACUCAUGGUCUGGGUCUUGUGGUUCUUCUGAACGAUGAGUAGCACUUGAGGGUGGGCAGAGCUGGGGGGAUUCUGCCUGUCUCUCUCGGGGCCUGGGUGGGCCCCUCUUUCAGCCAGACAGGGAAAAUGUUCAGAACAGAAACCCGGUGCGGGGAAGAGCGGGGGAGAAAGGCGGAUCCUUCCCCGGGUCAGAGAUGAGGCCGGGGAGGGGGGUGGGCCCCCAAGUGGGGCUUAGGGCGGAGCCUGGUGAUGAAGGGGUUAAGCCGAGGCUCCGCCCCCUGAAGAAUUAGUUGAUAGCCUUUGGGACCCCAGCCACUGCCCUGCAGGGAGCGACAGCCCUGGCAACCAAUCGGAUGCGAGGAUGGCUACGGGCCGGGCUCCCAUUGGCUCACUCCACCCCUGGGGGAGGGAGUCCCUUUAAUAAGUGCCCACUAUCUGCCUGGGUCUAGACAGAGCUUCCAGGAACCCUGCGCGAUGGGAUAGAGGAAUGACGUUCAGAGACGGACAGGGAGUUGCCCGCAGCCACACAGCACGUCCUCAGCCUGACCCCUCCGUCCUGUCCCCUGUCCCCUGUCCAUUCCCACCAUGGCCUUCGGGACGCAGCUAAUGCUGCUGCUUUGGAAGAAUUUCCUUUAUCGCAGGAGACAGCCGAUCCAGCUCUUGGUGGAGUUGCUGUGGCCUCUCUUUCUCUUCUUCAUCCUGGUGGCCGUCCGCCAUUCCCACCCCCCAUUGGAACAGCACGAAUGCCAUUUCCCCAACAAGCCACUGCCCUCGGCGGGCACCGUGCCGUGGCUCCAGGGCCUUAUCUGCAACAUGAACAACACGUGCUUCCCGCAGCCCACGCCCGGCGAGGAGCCCGGCGUCCUGAGCAACUUCAACGACUCCCUGGUCUCCCGGCUCCUGGCUGAUGCCCGCACUGUGCUGGGGGGCCCCAGGGCCCACAGGAUGCUGGCCGGCCUGGGGAAGCUGAUGCCCACACUGAGGGCGGCUCGCAGAGCAGCCGGGACUCAGCCAACUGACCGGCCGCAGGAGGGACCGUCCCUGGCCACUGAGCUGCUGGGGACACUGUUUGGAGGGGAAUUCUUGGGGUCCGAGCUGCGCCAAGCCCAGGAGUCUGUGGGCAGCUUCCUGGACGCAGCAGAGGACCUGGCCCAGGAGCUCCUGGCGCUGCCCAGCCUGGCGGAGCUGCGGGGGCUGCUGCAGAGGCUCCGGGGGACAGGCGGCCCCCUGGAAGCGGUGUCAGAAGCCCUCUGCAGUGCCAGGGGGCCCAGCGUCCCUGGGGGCCUCUCCCUCAACUGGUACAAAUCCAGCGACCUGAAGGAGUUCGUGGGGCAGGAGCCGAGGCCGGCCCUACAGGACAGCAGCCUGAGCCCCGCCUGCGCUGAACUGGUGGGGGCCCUGGACACCCACCCUUUGUCCCGCCUGCUCUGGAGGCGCGUGAAGCCGCUGCUCCUCGGGAAACUGCUGUUUGCACCUGACACACCGUUCACCCGGGAGCUCAUGGCCCAGGUAAACCGGACCUUCCAGGAGCUGGCUCUGUUGAAGGACGUCCAGGAGGUGUGGGGUCUGCUGGGCCCCGAGCUCUUCAGCUUCUUGAAUGACAGCGCCAACGUCGCCAUCCUGCAGUGCAGGAUCCCACCUUCCCCUGCCACCUCCCAGAGGCUCCUCCAGAUUCCAGACAUGGGAAGGAGGCAGCCAAGACCUGGAGGCCAGGACCGGGCCGAGGCCCUCCGUGCCUUUCUCGACCCCCGUGGGGGCAACUACAGCUGGCAGGACGCCCACGCUGAUGUGGAGCGCCUGGUGGGCGCGCUGGGUCUUAUGAUGGAGGUGAGGGGGUGUCCACUUGGGAAACUGGGGUGGUGGGGGGCCAGCACGCCCUGUGGGGGUCUGAUAGAGGAGGACGCCCCACCCAGGGGCUUCCAGGAGGAAGCACGACCGGGCCGCGAGGUCCAGGGGAGGCCCCGGGUGCCUCGGAUACCUCGGACCCACGCCUCGGCCCCUCCCCAGUGCGUGACCCUGGACAAGCUGGAGGCGCUGCCCUCGGAGGGUGCCCUGGUGGCGCGGGCCCUGGAGCUGCUGGAUGAGCGCCGCUUCUGGGCAGGCGUCGUCUUCCUGGGGCCGGAGGACCCCGCGGACCCCGCGCCGCUGCCGGGCCCAGGCCACGUGCGCAUCAAGAUCCGCAUGGACAUCGACGACGUCACGAAAACCAAUAAGAUCAGAGACAGGUUUUGGGACCCCGGCCCGGCUGCUGACCCCCUGACCGACCUGCGCUAUGUGUGGGGCGGCUUCGUGUAUCUGCAGGACCUGCUGGAGCGCGCGGCCGUGCGCGUGCUCAGUGGCGCCGCGCCCCGCGCCGGCCUCUACCUGCAGCAGAUGCCGUACCCGUGCUACGUGGACGACGCGUUCCUGCGCGUGCUGAGCCGGUCCCUGCCGCUCUUCCUGACGCUGGCCUGGAUCUACUCGGUGGCGCUAACGGUGAAGGCCGUGGUGCGCGAGAAGGAGACGCGGCUGCGGUACACCAUGCGCGCCAUGGGGCUCAGCGGCGCCGUGCUGUGGCUCGGCUGGUUCCUCAGCUGCCUCGGGCCUUUCCUCCUCAGCACCGCGCUGCUCUUGCUGGUGCUCAAGCUCGGGGACAUCCUCCCGUACAGCGACCCGGUCGUGGUCUUCCUGUUCUUGGCGGCCUUCGCCGUGGCCACGGUGGUCCAGAGCUUCUUGCUGAGCGCCUUCUUCUCCCGUGCCAACCUGGCGGCCGCCUGUGGGGGCCUCGCCUACUUUGUGCUCUAUCUGCCCUACGUGCUGUGCGUGGCCUGGCGGGACCAGCUGCCCGUGGGUGGCCGCGUGGCCGCGAGCCUUCUGUCGCCCGUGGCCUUCGGCUUCGGCUGCGAGAGCCUGGCGCUGCUGGAGGAGCGGGGCGAGGGCGCGCGGUGGCACAACAUGGGCACCGGGCCUACGGCCGACGUCUUCAGCCUGGCCCAGGUCUCAGGCCUCCUGCUGUUCGAUGCCGCGCUCUACGGCCUCGCCACUUGGUACCUGGAGGCCGUGUGCCCAGGCCAGUAUGGGAUCCCCGAACCGUGGAACUUUCCUUUUCGGAGAAGCUACUGGUUUGGACCUCGGCCCCCCAAGGAUCUCGCCCCGCCCCCCGCCCUGCAGGACCCGGAGGUUCUGGUGGAAGAGCCGCCGCCUGGCCUGAUUUCGGGGGUCUCCAUCCGGAACUUGGAAAAGCGCUUUCCUGGGAACCCGCAGCCCGCCCUGCGCGGGCUCAGCCUGGACUUCUACCAAGGCCACAUCACCGCCUUCCUGGGCCACAACGGGGCCGGGAAGACCACCACGCUGUCCAUCCUCAGCGGCCUCUUUCCGCCCACUGGUGGCUCCGCCUGCGUCCUGGGCCACGACGUCCGCUCCAGCAUGGCCGCCAUCCGGCCCCACCUGGGCGUCUGCCCGCAGUACAACGUGCUGUUCGACAUGAUGACCGUGGACGAGCACAUCUGGUUCUACGGGCGGUUGAAGGGUCUGAGUGCGGCUGCCGUGGGCCCCGAGCAGGACCGGCUGCUGCAGGACACGGGGCUCGUCCCCAAGCGGCGUGUGGAGACGCGCCACCUGUCCGGUGGGAUGCAGCGGAAGCUUUCGGUGGCCAUCGCCUUUGUGGGUGGCUCCCAGGUCGUUAUCCUGGACGAGCCCACCGCUGGCGUGGACCCUGCUUCUCGCCGCGGUAUUUGGGAGCUGCUGCUCAAAUACCGCGAAGGGCGCACACUGAUCCUCUCCACACAUCACCUGGAUGAGGCGGAGCUCCUGGGAGACCGCGUGGCGGUGGUGGCGGCCGGCCGCUUGUGCUGCUGUGGCUCCCUGCUCUUCCUACGGCGUCACUUCGGCUCUGGCUACUACCUGACACUGGUCAAAGGUCCCCCGCCCCUGGCCACCAGCAAGAAGGGUGACGCCGACUUGGAAGACAGGAGGCAGGAGGAGCCGGGUGGCACGGCCGGGAUGGGCGCCUCCUGGGUGACCAAGCCCCUACUCCAGGGAGGCUGGGCCCCACCGGCCCCCGCUGCGCCCCCGGCUGCGCCCCGGCUGCUGGCCCUGGUGCAGAGCCACGUGCCCGGCGCGCGGCUGGUGGAGGAGCUGCCCCACGAGCUGGUGCUGGCGCUGCCCUACGAGGGCGCCCUGGACGGCAGCUUCGCCGGGCUCUUCCGCGACCUGGACCUGCGGCUGGGGGCGCUGGGGCUGACCGGCUACGGGAUCUCCGACACCAGCCUGGAGGAGAUCUUCCUGAAGGUGAUGGAGGACUGUGCUGGGGACUCGGACCCAAAAGAUGGUGGCCGCAGGCAGCCCCCGGGCACGGACAUUGCUCCCCUGGACGCAGGCCCUCAGCUCAAGAUCCUGCCGGAGGGGUCAGCCCUGGAGAACGGGGCGCCAGCCGGCUUGGCCCCAGAGACACAGGCCCUGCGGGGCUCCGGGCCGGCCGCCGCAGGCCGUGUGGAGGGCUGGACGCUGGCCCGCCAACAGCUCCGGGCCCUGCUCCUGAAGCGCUUGCUGCUGGCCAGCCGCAGCCGCUGUGGCCUGUUCGCCCAGAUGGUGCUGCCGGCCCUGUUUGUGGGGCUGGCGCUGGCGUUCAGCCUCAUCGUGCCGCCGUUCGGACACUACCCGGCCCUGCGGCUCAGCCCCACCAUGUACGGGGCCCAGGUCUCCUUCUUCAGCGAGGACGCCCCUGGGGACCCCGAGCGCGCCCGCCUGCUGGAGGCGCUGCUGGAGGAGGCAGGAGUGCAGGAGCCGGCCCAGAAGAACGGCUCCCACGGGUUCUCGGUGCCCGAGGUCCCCCCGGAUGUGGCCGCGGUCUUGGCCAGCGGCAACUGGACCCCGGGGUCCCCCUCCCCGGCCUGCCAGUGCAGCCGGCCUGGCGCCCGGCGCCUGCUGCCCGCCUGCCCCGCCGCGGCCGGCGGCCCCCCGCCACCCCAGGCCCCUGGCGGCUCCGGGGAGCUGGUGCAGAACCUCACCGGCCGCAACCUGUCCGACUUCCUGGUCAAGACCUACCCGCGCCUGGUGCGCCAGGGCUUGAAGACCAAGAAGUGGGUGAACGAGGUCAGGUAUGGGGGCUUCUCCCUCGGGGGCCGAGACCCCAGCCUGCCCUCGGGGCGCGAGGUGGGCCGCUCGGUGGAGGAGCUGCGGGCGCUGUUGAGUCCCCAGCCCGGCGGGGCCCUUGACCGCCUCCUGAACAACCUCACGGUGUGGGCUCGCGGCCUGGAUGCGCAGGACAGCCUCAAGAUCUGGUUCAACAACAAGGGCUGGCACGCCAUGGUGGCCUUUGUCAACCGGGCCAACAACGCACUCCUACGCGCCCGCCUGCCCCGGGGCCCCGCCCGCCGUGCCCACAGCAUCACCACGCUGAAUCACCCUCUGAACCUCACCAAGGAGCAGCUGUCGGAGGCCACGAUGAUGGCCUCCUCGGUGGACGUGCUCGUGUCCAUCUGUGUGGUCUUCGCCAUGUCCUUUGUCCCGGCCAGCUUCACUCUCGUCCUCAUCGAGGAGCGCGUCACGGGAGCCAAACACUUGCAGUUCAUGGGGGGCCUGCCCCCCACUCUCUACUGGCUCAGCAACUUCCUCUGGGACAUGUGUAACUACUUGGUGCCAGCGUGCAUCGUGGUGCUCAUCUUCCUGGCCUUCCAGCAGAAGGCGUACGUGGCGCCCGCCAACCUGCCUGCCCUCCUGCUGCUGCUCUUACUGUACGGCUGGUCAAUCACGCCGCUCAUGUACCCGGCUUCCUUCUGCUUCUCUGUGCCCAGCACGGCCUACGUGCUGCUCACCUGCAUCAACCUCUUCAUCGGCAUCAACGGCAGCAUGGCCACCUUCGUGCUCGAGCUCUUCUCCGAUGAGAAGCUGCAGGACGUGAGCCGGAUCCUGAAACGAGUCUUCCUCAUCUUCCCCCACUUCUGCCUGGGCCGGGGGCUCAUCGACAUGGUGCGGAACCAGGCCAUGGCCGACGCCUUCGAGCGCUUCGGAAAUGGGGAUUUCCAGUCGCCCCUGCGCUGGGAGGUGGUCGGCAAGAACCUCUUGGCCAUGGUGGUGCAGGGGCCCCUCUUCCUCCUCUUCACGCUCCUGCUCCAGCACCGGAACCGCCUCCUGCCAAGACCCAAGCUGAAGCCACUGCCGCCCCUGGGGGAGGAGGACGAGGACGUGGCCCGCGAGCGGGAGCGGGUGGUCCGAGGGGCCACCAAGGGGGACAUAUUGGUGCUGCGGGACCUGACCAAGGUGUACCCCAGGCAGAGGACACCUGCUGUUGACCGCCUGUGCCUGGGGAUCCCCCCCGGUGAGUGUUUCGGGCUGCUGGGCGUGAACGGAGCCGGGAAAACCUCCACGUUUCGCAUGGUGACCGGGGACAUGCUGCCCAGCGGGGGCGAGGCCGUGCUGGCCGGCCACAGCGUGGCCCAGGAGCCGGCCGCCGCGCACCGCCGCAUGGGCUACUGCCCGCAGUCGGACGCCGUCUUCGAGCUGCUGACCGGCCGGGAGCACCUGGAGCUGUUCGCGCGCCUGCGCGGCGUCCCCGAGGCGCAGGUCGCCCAGACGGCGAGCUUGGGCCUGGCGCGCCUGGGGCUCCCGCAGUACGCCGACCGGCCCGCGGGCACCUACAGCGGCGGCAACAAGCGGAAGCUGGCGACGGCCGUGGCGCUGGAUGAGCCGACCACCGGCAUGGACCCCGGCACGCGGCGCUUCCUCUGGAACAGCCUCCUGGCCGUGGUGCGGGAGGGCCGCUCCGUGGUGCUCACCUCGCACAGCAUGGAGGAGUGCGAGGCGCUGUGCACGCGCCUGGCGGUCAUGGUGAACGGGCGGUUCCGCUGCCUGGGCAGCGCGCAGCACCUCAAGGGCCGGUUCGGGGCCGGCCACACGCUGACCCUGCGGGUGCCCGCGGCGCGGGCCGAGCCGGCGGCGGCCUUCGUGGCGGCGGCGUUCCCGGGGUCCGAGCUGCGCGAGGCGCACGGCGGCCGCCUGCGCUUCCAGCUGCCACCGGGAGGGCGCUGCGCCCUGUGGCGCGUCUUUGGAGAGCUGGCGGCGCACGGCGCGGAGCAGGGCGUGGAGGACUUCUCUGUGAGCCAGACCACGCUGGAGGAGGUAUUCCUAUACUUCUCCAAGGACCAGGGAAAGGAGGAGGACGACGAGGAGGAGCAGGAGGCAGGAGUCGGGGUGGACGCUGUGCCAGGCCCGCAGCGCCCCAGAUUCACCACCCGGUUCCUCGAUAACACCAGCACGACCGAGACAGUGCUCUGAGUCUCCUCUGUGGGGCCGGUGGGUGGGGGGCCCCUGGGAGUGACACAGGCAGGGCAGAGUGGCUGGAGCCCGGACCCAGGCUCCCAGAGGGGCCGCUACCACGGAGGAAAUAAAGAGGAGCUGAGGUGUGAAACUGUG